AUGGCCAUGCCGAAGAGCUCUAUUUGUUUUAGGGAAGCAUACGACUUGCGAACCGAGGGCCGAAUCCAGCUUGAAGAAUACUUGAAGCACAUUGUGGCACAUUAUGAGGGAAUGAGACACGAGACAGAUGCCGAAGGAAACCGACCUUUCCUUUACGCGGGUUUCGAAGAUGAAGUCCGAAAAAUUGUGCUGGGCAAAGACUUUGAGCCGCUCAAUGAAGGUGAAACUGCACUUGUGUAUUCCAUUUUUGUGAGCGCUUUCCAAGGCAACUUUUCCGCUGUGCAAGAAUUGCUCAGCUCUUCGAUGUUGGCUUCGGAAACAUACCUCUGCCCUCUUGUUGAGAUUGCAAAGGAGACUGGAGAAUGCACAGCUACUCCGGCUCUGCCUUUCUAUGGGAUACAGGCUCACGGGUUACAACGAGUGCAACAGGAUCUUGGAUUGUCGGACCGAAAAAAACCCAUCCACAGAAUGGCUCAAUGUUCUCUACGACUUUGA